AAUUAAUAGAUAGAAGUAAAGUGUCAGCUAUUAAUGGAGAGAGGAGGGACUGUCACUUAUUAAUUGGAUUAAUUAGAUUAUUAGGAGGUCCUUAUUUAUUAAUUGGUACUCAGCACAGGUUGGUUGGUAUCAUUAACGGACACGAGAUAUAUCAGAUGACUAAUUAUGAUGUCAUACCAUUCGUUAAGAGCACACUCCAUUUAACACAAUCACAGGAAAGGGAUAAUCGUGUCUACCUAGCUAUGAUCCACAGGGUGUUAGAUACUGCUGGUUUCUAUUACUCUUAUUCUUAUGAUAUCACUCAUACCAAGCAAAGACUCCACCAGCUGUCAACUGAUAAUAAUGGAUUCUAUCAACUGCCUUUAUUCAAUAGAGCUGAUGAAAGGUUUGUCUGGAACAGUCAUUUAUUGAGGGAGUUUGUAGCCCAGCCUGAACUGGACCAGUUUUGUGUCCCCCUCCUUCACGGGUUCAUAUCAAUCAAGAACAUUACAAUCAAUGGGAAACUCUUCACCUUUCAUCUAAUCUCUAGAAGAAGCUGGCACAGAGCAGUCUGUGAUACUACCAAUGGAGUAUGUCACUAUUGGCAGCCUGACACUUAG